AUGGCUCAAAAUAAUAUCUAUCUAUCUAUCUAUCUAUCUAUCUAUCUAUCUAUCUAUCUAUCUAUCUAUCUAUCUCAGUCUAUUCCUAUAUAUGCAUAUAUGUAUCUAUGUAUCUACCUCCGUCCAUAUCUACCCCAGGAUCUAUCUAUCUAUCUAUCUAUCUCAGUCUAUUCCUAUAUAUGCAUAUAUGUAUCUAUGUAUCUACCUCCGUCCAUAUCUACCCCAGGAUCUAUCUAUCUAUCUAUCUAUCUAUCUAUCUAUCUAUCUAUCUAUCUAUCUCAGUCUAUUCCUAUAUAUGCAUAUAUGUAUCUAUGUAUCUACCUCCGUCUAUAUCUACCUCAUCAUCUAUCUAUCUAUCUAUCUAUCUAUCUAUCUAUCUAUCUACAUACGAAUACGAAUAAUUUCGUCGUUGUCUCUAUCUAUCUAUCUAUCUAUCUAUCUAUCUAUCUAUCUAUAAUGUCUCUUAUGAUUCCAAUAGCUUUUUUCAUGUAUUUCUCUCACGUCCGCGUCCCUUCUGUUCCCACAACUCAUUUUAUACCACCUUUUCUCUCUCAUGUUUUUUUUUUUAAUUCUUUUUUUUCUUCUUUUUUUUCUAUUAUGUUUUUCUAUUUUAUUCCUUUUUUCUAUUAUCUUCUAAUAUCGUUUUCUAUUUUCUUCUUCUUCUUCUUCUUCUUCUUCUUCUUCUUCUUCUUCUUCUUCUUCUAUUAUUGCUUAGGAUUGUAUUCAUUUACACUUAAUUCGCUCCACUUCUAUCUAUCUAUCUAUCUAUCUAUCUAUCUAUCUAUCUAUCUAUCUAUCUCUCUCUCUCUCUCUCUCUCUCUCUCUCUCUCUCUCUCUAUCUAUCUAUCUAUCUAUCUAACAUUGAUUCUUGAAAAUAACUCAGAUGGUCGAAAUAAAUGA